AUGCCGCCUCGGAAACGCCAGACCGCUAGCAGGACAACUACGCGAAAGACGCGUCAGUCCGCGCGGCAUAACAGCGACGCUUCAGACGAUGGCAUCCCCGCAGUGUACGGUGAGAUGCUCGCUGAAGCUGCACGCGAGGAGCAGACAAGAUCUUUAAGUUCGAGGCCCUCGAAGAGGAGGAAGCUGAGUGAAGAGCCAUCAUCAGGAAUCGGCCUCGAUUUUAAUCUGUUCGGUCCUGAUGACAACGUAGCUGAUGCUAAUGUGGCAGCCAACAAUGUUCCCGAAAAUUUGCAGCAGACUGUGUAUGAUGAGUUCGAGGGCUCGGAAGAAUCAGACGUUGAGUUUGAGGACGUUGACCUAGAUGCACCACCGGAAGAACCAGACGUAGGUGCGCAUUCACGCCAGAGCCGCUUUGAGCUCGAUCUAUCAAAAACAAAUCUCGAUGCACCACGUCGUACCACGCCACGCCGAAAGCCCGUGAGCCCUGCAGAACGAAAGCUCCGUCUAGAGGUUCACAAAGCGCAUCUACUUUGUCUACUGGGUCAUUUGAGCUGCCGUAACAGGUGGUGUGAGAGUCCAUCGGUCCAGUCUAUUCUGAAGCCACUCGUCCCCAAAAAGGUGACCUCUCUACUUCAUGUAGACGAUUCCAAACCCCAAUAUCAACGAAACCAUUCGUUCAUGAAAGGAAUCGAAGAAGUAUGUGCGUUAUGGAAAUUACAAUGGGAAGUUACAGUCAGGGGCAUGCGUCGAGCACAUUGGAAGGACGAUGUGGACGUUCUAAAGGAGAGCGAUGAUGCUGAAGACCUGAUAGACUUUGACGAUUUCAGAGCCGCAGCACACUCACGCUCUGGCUCGCGUGACUUGGGAGCUCAGCUCUGUUGCGCAUUACUUCGCUCAAUCGCUGUCGACGCUAGAUUGGUAUGCUCACUUCAGGUUCUGCCCUUCUCCGGUGUCGCCAAAGGUCAGAGUACCAUGAAACCCAAACCGCAAUACUAUCAUGCUCCAGCUCAAGAUUAUACUUCAAUGGGAGGCACUACCACAAUCAUGCAGUCUGAAAGAAGCAUUUCGCCUAAGAAGAAGAAAAAGAUUGUCGAUUCUCCAUAUCCCAUAUUUUGGGUCGAAGCAUACUCUCCAUCGAUAGCAACAUGGAUCCCUCUUGACCCCCUCGUCCGCGGCACCAUCAACAAACCAAAGAGAGGCUUCGAGCCACCAGCGUCCGACCAGUUGAACAAUAUGACCUACGUGAUUGCGUUCGAGGAUGAUGGCUCCGCCAAAGACGUGACGAGGCGGUAUACAGAAUGGUACCAUGCCAAGACACGCAAGCAGAGAGUAGAGAGCACGAAGGGCGGAGAAGAGUGGUGGGACAGGACAAUGCGGACAUUCCGGAAGCCGUUUGAAGAAGACCGAGACGUGAUUGAGGAUGUCUUUCUGAACAAACGGACGCAAAACGAGCCCAUGCCGCGCAACGUGCAAGAUUUCAAAGGUCACCCCGUCUAUGUCCUUGAGCGACAUCUGCGCAUGAACGAAGUCAUACACCCUAAGCACGAGGUGGGCAAAGUCAGUGCUGGACCUAGCAAGAACGCAAAGCUGGAAAGUGUCUAUCGCAGACGUGAUGUACAUCUGUGUCGUACCGCCGAUGCUUGGUACCGACGAGGAAAAGAUGUCAACGAAGGAGAACAGCCUUUAAAACGUGUCUUGUCCAAGAAGAGGCACAAUCACCCGUUGGCAGAGCCUGGCGAAGAUUUGGAUGAUGGUGCGGAUGCAGAUGGACGACAAGAAGGCGCCCCCUUGUACGCAGACUACCAGACCAGCUUCUAUCAACCACCUCCAGUGGUCGACGGCAAGGUCCCAAAGAACGGAUAUGGUAAUUUGGAUGUGUACGUUCCCACGAUGAUUCCAGCCGGUGCUGUUCAUAUACGCCACCCUCUCGCUGCUCAAUCUGCUCGGGUUCUUGGAAUUGACUACGCUGAUGCAGUGACCGGGUUUGAGUUCAAAGGCCGACAAGGAACAGCGGUGAUUGAUGGCGUGGUUGUCAGUCUAGACAUGACAAGCGCCGUGAUCAGUGUGAUUGAAGGGCUAGAAUCUCAAGCCAGUGACGAAGCGGAAGCUGAGCGAAGCCGGGUAGUCCUUGGUCUGUGGAAGAGGUGGCUUCAGGCUUUACGCGUGCGAGAGCGAGUCCAUCGAGACUAUGGGAACAGUGAUGAAGAAUCUGGAGACAAAGCCGACGAAUAUGACGACGAAGAUUAUGAAGAAAAAACAGAAGAUGAUGGUGGCGGCUUCGUCCCUGAGGCUGCAGAGCAGGGCCAGCCGAGUGCCAAGUUUCCCGGCGCAGACACUGAAGCAGUUUUGGCAAGGUUGAAGCCUAUCGAUCAGCUCUUGCCUCCCGAAGUGAUACAUCAGGACAUUGUCAUUGUCAGGUCGCCUCAUAAAAUGGCAUCUCCCUGGAGUGAAGAACGUGGGAAUCAGUCUAGAUCUAAUGCGAUAUCUCUUUCCAGAGGUGAAUAUGAGGGUGACGAUGGAGACGAAGGUCAAGGCGGUGGUUUCAUCGUCGAAGACGAGGACGGUGCGAAUGGCACAGAAUCUCUUUUCGAAGACGAUGAUGCUAAUUCUGGUGGGGGAUUCAUCCUGGAAGACGAAGGUGAACUAAAUGAAGGGACAAAUACAAACCCACAAAUGACGUUAGGCCAGCCUCAGCUACACAAGCGUCGCCCUACUCCUGAUGCAAACGCCAGCGAAAACGGAGGCGGUUUCCUCCACGGAGACGAGAAAGACACGGAUCCAACAUUGCCUUAUCAUGUUGUCUCUAUGGACUCACGACAAGAAAUCCAUCGUAAAACCGAAUUUCAACAAGAUACUACCGGAUCUCAACAAGAGUCACCUGUAUCUCCCUCUGGCACAGCAACCGCAGACGCGGCAGAUCCAAGUAUGAACAAUACCACAGCAGAACCUUUGAGGGAAAAGCCAGAAGCAGAGACGGAGCCUAAAGCACUGCCUAACCCCGAGAUACUUGACCCCGAGGUGGGUACGAAGCGAAUCGAGACUGACUCCAAUAAUAGUCCACUCUCACAAACGUCGCUUCUCUCUCAUGAUCCAGAUGAAGAAGAUGCCGAGCCAGACUGGAUAGUUGAUAGUUUGGGAUGA